AUAUAACCGUCGCAAACGGGAAUGUCCACGGCGGGGCUAGGUCAUCGAGAUUAGCCAUGGAGGAUGAUGAAUUGGAAGCUAUGCGUGCUCACUUCCCUCUUUCUUUCGGCAAGACUUCCAUUGUUUCGCCGCCCUCCGAAUCCAUCCACAGCGCUACUCGCCGCGCUGACGCCGGAGCUUCGUCGGACUCCAAACCUAGUUCCGGCUUUCCGUCUCUGUCUUCCUCUUCUAAUUCCUGGAUCCAAUCUGUUCGCCGUCCCAAACGCAACCCUAAUAGCACCGGCGGUGCUAAAUCUAGUCUCUCUCCUUCCGAGGAUGAUGUAUCCGUAGAGGAUGACGGAGUUAUGGUGGGACCACCACCGCCGCCCCCUACAAGGGACGGUAAUGAUUCUGAUGAUAUGAUCGGUCCCCCGCCACCGCCUCGUGCUGCAGAUGUAGAUUCAGAUGAAGAUGAUGUUGACGACGACGACGAUGAGGAGAAUCGGUACAAGAUCCCUUUGAGCAACGAGAUUCAGCUCAAGGGACAUACUAAGAUUGUUUCGUGUCUGGCUGUUGAUAACGCCGGAGCUAGGGUUCUCUCUGGCAGCUAUGACUACACUGUUCGUAUGUAUGAUUUCCAAGGGAUGAACUCCAGACUACAGUCUUUCAGGCAGAUUGAACCAUCCGAAGGUCACCAAGUUCGCAGCUUGAGCUGGAGUCCCACUUCUGGUCAGUUUCUUUGCGUCACUGGCUCUGCCCAAGCUAAGAUUUAUGAUCGUGAUGGUCUUACCCUUGGUGAGUUCAUGAAAGGGGAUAUGUACAUCCGUGAUCUUAAGAACACUAAGGGCCACAUUUGCGGCUUGACUUACGGAGAAUGGCAUCCCAAGAAUAAGGAAACCAUUCUGACUUCUUCUGAAGACGGGUCUUUGCGUAUUUGGGAUGUUAAUAACUUCCUAAGCCAAACACAGGUUAUUAAGCCCAAGCUUGCUAGACCGGGGAGGAUUCCUGUUACGACUUGUGCUUGGGAUCGUGAAGGAAAGCGUAUCGCUGGUGGCAUUGGAGAUGGAUCUAUUCAGAUUUGGAGUCUCAAGCCGGGAUGGGGAAGCAGACCAGAUAUAUAUGUUGGGAAAGCCCACACUGAUGAUAUUACCUCUGUUAAGUUCUCUAGCGAUGGGAGAAUUCUCUUGUCAAGAAGUUUUGAUGGUUCUCUAAAGGUGUGGGACUUACGGCAGAUGAAAGAAGCCCUAAAGGCUUUUGACGGUCUCCCUAAUUUUUAUCCUCAAACCAACGUUGCCUUUAGUCCAGAUGAACAAAUCAUCCUGACUGGAACAUCCGUUGAGAAGGACAGUACAACAGGAGGCUUGCUCUGCUUUUACGACCGGACCAAACUCGAGAUUGUUCAAAAAGUCGGAAUAUCUCCAACUUCCAGCGUGGUGCAAUGCGCCUGGCACCCGAGGUUGAAUCAGAUAUUUGCAACAUCUGGAGACAAAAGCCAAGGAGGAACUCACAUUCUUUACGACCCAACUCGGAGCGAGAGAGGUGCAUGUGUGUGCGUUGCACGUGCACCAAGGAAGAAAUCUGUAGACGAUUACCAACCAGAACCAGUAAUACACAACCCUCAUGCAUUACCGUUGUUCAGAGACGCACCAAGCCGUAAACGACAAAGGGAGAAGACUUUGAAGGAUCCUCUUAAAGCCCAUAAGCCUGAGCUUCCCAUGACUGGUCCUGGUCAUGGUGGAAGGGUUGGGACCACUGGUAGCGGCUUAUUAACGCAGUAUCUUCUCAAGCAAGGUGGGAUGAUAAAAGAAACAUGGAUGGACGAAGAUCCAAGAGAAGCAAUAUUGAAAUACGCAGAGGUUGCUGUGAAUGAUCCCAAGUUUAUUGCACCUGCUUACUCUCAGACCCAACCUGAGACCAUCUUCGCCAAAUCGGAUGAUGAAGAAGAAGAAGGAGGUGAUGCCAAAAAAUAACUAGAAUGCUUCCAAGAUACCUCACUUGUAUGAUGUAUAAUGAACAUGUACGUUGUCAAAAAGAUCAUGUCAUGGCACUUUAGAAUAACCCCGGGAGUUGCAUUUUCGGUGUUUUAAAGUUCAAAAAUUAAUUUCAUUUGAAAUUAGUUGCAUUCA